CGGGCGGAAGCGGGCGGCGCGCUCUUCAGCCUGCAGGCGGUGCGAGCCGCACUUCCUGUUACUCGUCAAGAGCCGAGAGGGUGAGACUCCACAGCGGCUGUUGCACCAUUCCCGGCGCGCCGCCCGCAACGAGAGACGAGGCACAGAAGCAGCACGAAGACGGUUGGCCGAGUCAGAAGAGAGAGAGGAGUCUGUUGCCAGGAACUCCGUUUGAUUCCUCCAUCCUCCUCCUCCUCCUCCUCCUCCUCCUCAUCAUUACUGUUCAUUUUCAUAUGCCGCAAAACUCUUCAUAACAGCUGAAGAAGAGUUGGGACAAUGCAAGCGAUCAAAUGUGUAGUGGUGGGAGAUGGCGCCGUGGGGAAGACAUGUCUGCUCAUCAGCUACACAACCAACGCCUUCCCGGGAGAGUACAUCCCCACUGUGUUUGAUAAUUACUCAGCCAAUGUGAUGGUGGACAGUAAGCCAGUCAACCUUGGACUAUGGGAUACAGCAGGGCAGGAAGACUAUGACAGACUCAGACCGCUUUCUUAUCCCCAGACGGACGUGUUCCUCAUCUGUUUUUCUCUGGUGAGCCCCGCUUCCUUCGAGAACGUCAGAGCCAAGUGGUACCCAGAGGUACGGCACCACUGCCCCUCCACUCCCAUUAUUCUCGUGGGCACCAAGCUUGAUCUGAGGGACGACAAAGAGACCAUUGAGAAGCUGAAGGAGAAGAAGCUGGCUCCCAUCACCUACCCUCAGGGUCUGGCACUGGCCAAGGAGAUAGACUCGGUGAAGUACCUUGAAUGCUCCGCCCUGACCCAGCGAGGGCUGAAGACGGUGUUCGAUGAGGCCAUCAGAGCCGUGCUGUGUCCGCAACCCACCAAGGUCAAGAAACGAGGCUGCCAGCUGAUUUGAGACGUCUGUGAGACCGACACAGGGAAAGGCUCAGGAACCGCACAAAGAAAAACGAAACAAAACUUUACUCGCCUUUAACUAACAUCUCAUACAAGUACUUUGCGGUGUGGCACAAAAUGCUUUAAAAGCUUACGCUGAGUUUAUCUCUUACAAAGUCCAAGACUUGAAACCCGGUGCUUUGUGUUAAAUUAAACAAGGAGCAUGUUGUGCGCCGUGAUUGCGUCAUUCCCUCGACAUUUGUAAGUAUAACUCAAAUUCUAAACAGAAUCGACUCUGUGCAUAACUGUAGUCCACUCACUUCCGCUUUCUACUGCAUGCUCAUCCUCAUAAUUGUGGCCGUAACUUGAUAUGUACAGCUUUUCACCCGUUUGCUGGUAGGUGCAGGUGAAUGUGUGUGGACAGUUGUGUGCAUGUCGUUGACAUUUAUCCGUGGUGAGUCUUGCAGGCAUCGCGAAAAAUAUGCCAUUGUCAACAGCACACGCCAACAAACAGGAAACUGGUAUGACCGCUGCAGUAGGAACCGGAAGUCAGUGUACUACAGUUAUGCACAGAGCCGACUAUGUAGCCUUCUAUUCGUGGAGCCGCUGUGAUUUAAAAUGUCCUAUUUAAAGAAACCGUGGACGGCAAAAAAUUUCAUUUCAGCAGUUAAUACUUCUGUAGUUAAUACAGGAUGUAAUGCAGUGGAAGGGAAUAUAAAAUGAAACGAAAAGGAAAGUUUAACGAUCCAGUCCAAUAAAAAUCACCUUUUACCGUCUUGUAUUUUCUAAGAGGUCUUAUUAAUGUAAUGUUGCUCAAAAUGUGGGAAGUGCUGUUUUUGUGAAAGUAUGACUAAAAGCUCUUGAGAAACCCUCCCCCUGGUCGUCAGCACAAACCGUCUCAGGGAACCGAUUUGCUUCCGACAAGAAGGCGCAUCAUUCACCACCCCGAUCUGAUCGGACGGUCAAUGAAUUGUCAUCGUCAGUGUCACUUGGUCUGUUUUUGAAUGGUUGCCUAGCAACACCAUGUAACCUAGCGAGCUAGCUAGCUAUCAAUAAAGAGCCUUGUGAACUCGG